AUGCCGGCUCUACUCGAAAACGAAGCUGCGGGUGAUCCCGCCCCCGCGUCCGAGCUUGAGCUACCUGCCGGCGCCGAGCCCUUCGUCAUUCUUAAGCAAGAUGUCGAGCUCGAGGUCAACUUUCGCGAGAAGAGCAUCAGUGGCGUGUCGACAAUACAUCUCUUCACGUUGAAACCCGACCUGGAAGAGAUCUGCCUCGAUGCGCGGCAGUGCGAAAUAGACGUGAGCAAUAUCACUGUGGAUGGGUUCAAGACGAUGGCCUCCUUCUCGGACCCGUAUGAUCUUGCCAGAACACCACCGAUGUGGACUGUCACCGGUGCCCAGCAUCAUCUCAUCAAGAAGCGCAUGGCGCCAUUGAGACCUGCGCGGCGGCCCGAAGUACCUGCUAAGGAUAGAAUACCACGCCCGUGCUGUGUUCCGGCCGACCGCGCUCUCAAGGUGUGCCUGCGCCCUGACGGUGUCCUCCAAGAUCAGCCCCGGCGCACGCUCAAAAUCAAGCCCAUGAAAACCGAAGAGGAUGCGCAUCUGGAUAGUCCCGAUUCCACCGACUACGAGAAGACUGGGAUUAAGAUCUCCAUUCCUUUUCGGUCCAAAAGCAUCAGGGACGGCGUGCACUUUGUGGGUGUUGACGACGGCGACACGAGGUAUCCCCACGCGUAUACGCGUCACUCGCUCGAGCCGGGCACUGCGUCCUGCAUUUUCCCCUGCGUAGACGACCCGGGAUCGAGACAUCCGUGGAAGCUAUCGAUCAAAUGCCCGCGGACCCUGGGUGACGUGUUCGAGCAGCCCUUGGCCACGCAGCGAGCAUCUGGGUCCACUGCAAACGGAAGCCGGAAGCGGAAGUUCGGAGAGGAGGAGCCUUUGCCUUGGUCCCCGCCAGUUCUGGCGGAGGAGGACAAGGUGAUGGAAAUGACGGUCGUCUGUUCUGGCAAUCUGGCCGGCGAGCAGAUCGAUCCGCUAGACGACAAGAAGAAAAUCAUGAUCUUCGAGUCUCAGCUUUCGGCGGCCCAACAGAUUGCGUUUGCCAUCGGCCCAUUCGAGCACUUCCAGUUGUGGUCCGAGUUCCGCACGGAGGAAGCAGACGAGAAGCUCGGAGCUAAUGCCGCCAAAAUUCACGCGUAUUGCUUGCCCAACCGUGCCGACGAGGUUUUGUAUACCUGCCCCCCGGUUGUACAGGCUGCGGACUUCUUCGCGCCUGAAUUUGGCAGGUAUCCGUAUGAGAGUUACAAGAUGUGUUUCGUCGAGGAUAUGGUCCAGGACACCGUUGGCGCGACCUCGAUGUCGCUCUGCAGCACCAGGCUGCUCUAUCGGGAGGACAUCAUUGACACCGAGAUCGAAGUCACGAGGAAGUUGGUCCACGCCUUGGCCAGCCAGUACUUCGGCGUUCAUAUUGUCCCAAACAAGCGGUCAGACAGUUGGCUCAUUGUCGGCAUCCAGUGGUUCAUGACAGACCUCUUCAUGAGGAGCAUUUGUGGCAACAACUGGUACAGGUUUCACUUGAAGACAUUGUCUGACAAGCUGGUCGAGGUCGACGUUCACCGGCCGUCUCUCUACGACCUUGGCGACCAUCUCCACAUUGGCGACUUCGAGUUGGAGUUUAUGUCCCUGAAGGCACCGCUGGUUCUUUUCAUCCUCGACCAGCGCAUGUCCAAGGUGCCGGGCUCCACGGGCAUCGUCCGCGUCAUCUCCCAGAUCGUUUCAAACUCCAACAUCAAUGCUACGCUUGAGAGCACGUCGCUCUCCGACGCGGAAUUCCGGCGCCUGUGCGAUAAGAAGAGCCAGUACCGGUCUGACGAACUUUGGAACCAGUGGGUGCACGGCGCCGGCUGCCCAAAGAUGCAUAUCAAACAGAAGUUCAAUAAGAAGAACCUGAACGUUGACAUCUCCAUCAACCAGGUGCAGAGCCAAGCCAACGGGCCAAAGACCAUCACCAAGGAGGAAUUCCUCAAGGAGCUCCUCGAAGAAGUGCACGAGGUCUGGGCUGGUACGGUGCCCAAGUUGUUUACCGGUCCUUUCACAGUCCGAGUCCAUGAAGCCGACGGUACACCUUAUGAGCACUACCUCGCUAUCACGGACAAGGACAAGUCAGCGACGACGCUUCAAAUCGCCUACAAUACGAAGUACAAGCGAAUGAAGCGUACGAAGAAGGCUACGGCGGCAGCGGCCGGUCACUCUGCCGAUAAGCACGAUAUCCCAGAGGAUGACGUCGUCUACUUUAACAUGCUUGGCGAUGUGCUCAUGACUCCCAAGGACAUCGAAGACUGGGGCCUCCAGGACUGGGACGAGAAGGUGCAGGCCAACAUGGACCAGGAGUCGUAUGAGUGGAUCCGGCUGGACUGCAAUUUCGAGUGGCUGUGCGAGAUGGUGACUGAUAUGCCCGGCUACAUGUACCUCGCCCAGCUCCAGCAAGACAGAGACGUCGUCGCCCACCAGGAUGCGCUACUCUUCUUCAAGCGCGGGCGGCGGCAUGGUGUCGCCUCCACCAUUGAGACCCGGACGGCGAUGGACCGCCGCUACUACCACGGCAUCCGCACCAUGGCCAUAGACGACCUUCCGAAGCAAGCGCACCCUGAUCUCAACUACAUCGGGAGCGCGCAGCUCAUCUUGCUGUUCCGGCACUUCUUUUGCGGCCGGGUGAUGGGCAAGAACAGCACUCUGUCUUUCCCUCCGCUGCCAAACAAUUUCAUAGAUAGGGCCCAGUACGCAGUCCAGUGCGCUCUUGUCGUCGCCAUCUCGCGCACGAGAGAAAACGGGCGGUGUCCGCGGCACGCACGCCACUUUCUCCUUGACCUGUUGCUGUUUAACGACAACUCACAAAAUCAUUAUUCGGACGAAUUUUACAUCGCCAAAUUGCUCACGGCCUUGACCACUUCGAUUAUUCCCGAGAAGCGGGAGAACGAGAGGGAGAGGGACGUUUCCAUGAACUUCGAGAUGGACGGCGAUGACGACGCCGAACUGAAGCGCUUUGUUGACAAGGCAGUUGAGGAGAUCGACAAGUACCGCCGCAUGGACGAGUGGACCUCGACAUACCAGAAUAUCUGGACGACGACGGCCCUGGAAUGCAAAAUGCGCCUGAUGAAGGCCGGUGUCAUCGGCUUAGAGCCGAUCGAGUUUGUUAGGUACCUCCAAGACGGCAACGCCGACCUCGUAAGGAUCAAGGCGUAUGAGUGUCUCGUCGAGCUUGGGCUGCUCUCCAAGAUCUUCUGCAAAGGCAUUGCGGCCAUUGCUUUGGGUGAGAACAAGGUGGCCCAGCCGGAGCCUGAGGCCGUGGUUGACGACAGCGGUCUGAUCGUCGAGCUGGGUGAGGCGGAGAUUCACCGGCGGAAGCUCGACGCCACGAGGGCCCAAAGCAUCCAGCAAGCGCUUGCAGCGCUGAAAGAGGAAUUGAAGGGCAACACCGAGCUGCAGGAGGCCGUGUGGAAGGCGGUGGAAUCCUCUGUGCUCAGUGUUAAGGAGAAGUUACAGCUGCUGACGAUCUGCUCGGCUAUGUUCGAGCCCGACGACCAGCUGCUCGUGACCUUCAAAUACCCUCUCUACUGGCGCUGCACAAGGGAGCCUGCUGUUGUUGAAGGGAACCCGUCCGCGCCACGAGACCCGCGGCAAAAGAGGCAGUGCCGUGUCAGGUUCUCGCAGCAUUAUCGCACCGAGCCCAAACACAAGAUCAAAAUGGAGCCGGCGCCGGACACGCCAUGGGAGCCCAAGCCCGCCGAGGCGCCGAAGAAGAUCAAACUCAGCACAAAGCUGUCUUUCAGCGGGCCCUCGAACAAUGGCCCGCCUACGCCGGCGCCCCUUGUGCGGAAAGACUCCAUCUCGGUCACGAUGCCUCGACCGGCGGUGCCUGCGGCCGUUCCGAUGGGCCCCUUGGGUCCGUCAGACUCCAUCUCGGUGCAGCCUCUCGCGCGGGUGUCGACGCCUUCGGUGGCAUCUUCGCCACCCCUUGCACCGGCAUAUGGUCAGCAACCCAACGGUGCAGCGACAGUGGCGGAGAAGCGGCCCAAGCCUCCCAAGAAGCGGAAGAGCGACGACGGCGAGGGAGUCGACCGUCCGAAAAAGAUCGCAAAGGUGGCAAAGGCGCAGGUGCAGAACGGCGCAAAUGGCCGGCUGCGGAAGAUGGUCAUCCUUCCGUUCACUGCCUGGGACAGGUUGCCAGCGCACACCAGGGCGGCGAUCGAGACCGAAAGGGCUACCCAGGCUGCUCCUGCUGUCGCGUCAACCAUCGUUGCCACCCCGGCAAAGCGCACCUCCCUGCCCGGUCACGCCGGCACCUCGGCCGCCCGCCCUGAGUCACCCGCGGUGGAUCCACGCCCUCCUUCGGGAGUCAACGGUGUAGACCCGGCCGCCGUCAAGAAGCGCAAGCCCUUGCCGUCGGCUGCGCCUCAUCAUCAGUCGUCGCCGGCGCCGAGUCCCGCUCCGAACGGGGAGCAGCCCGCCGAUCGCCCUAGGAAGUUGAUCAAGCUUAAGAUGAAGGUACCGGCGAAGGGUUCGCCGCCGCAGGGCUCGCCUCCGCAAGAGCCGCCGUCGCAGAUGUCGCCGUGGUGA